UCGUCUGGAGAGGAACGAUCGCUGUUGGGUUUUCUAUUUAUAGUAUAUCGAACACAUCUUAAGAUGCCAAAAGCCGUGGCAACUGAUCUUCCCGAAGAGCCGAGAAGUAACGUUAAGAGAUUUCCCCGUGAGCUUCUCUAUCUCAGCGCGAUUCUCCUCAUUCUGGUGGCUUUGGUGUUUGGCUAUUCGUUUUGGGUUAUGACCCACUCCACGAAUUCUCCGAACAAAGGCCUGCAUAUACUCGAUCGCAGCGAAUGGCAGGGGGAACCCCCAAGUGGAAAGGCUCCACAUAUAAAAUUGCCUGUUUCCAAUGUAAUUAUCAGCCAUACAGCCACCGAAGGAUGCGAUCGGGAGGAUGUUUGCAUUAACCACAUGCACAGCAUUCAAGCAUAUCACAUGAAAUCCCUCGGUUGGGUCGACAUUGGCUAUAACUUUUUAGUUGGCGGCGAUGGUCAAAUCUACGUGGGACGAGGAUGGCACAUUCAGGGUCAGCAUGUGAAAGGAUAUGGUGCUAUAUCCGUUAGUAUUGCCUUUAUCGGAACCUUUGUGAACAUGGAGCCACCGGCUCGGCAAAUCGAAGCAGCCAAGCGAUUGAUGGACGAGGGUGUACGACUUCAUAGAUUGCAACCAGAUUAUCGCAUUUAUGCACAUCGUCAAUUGAGUCCCACCGAAAGUCCUGGCCAGAAGUUGUUUGAACUGAUGCAGAAGUGGCCACGUUUUACGCCGGAUGCUACUUCAUUGCGCCUCCUCAGCAAUUCUACGUUGAAAUUCGUUUCCAGGCCCUAUUGGCUUGCUCAGCCACCAACUAUGCCACUGAAUCCUCUACAACUUCCGAUUCAGAGCGUUAGAUUCGUUUCCACAAAGACUGAAGCAUGUUCUACACAAGCGGAGUGCGUCUUUCGUGUGCGUCUCCUGCAAAGCUUCCAUAUCGAGGGUAUGGGGUAUAAGGACAUCAACUUUAACUUUGUGGCAGCUGGAGACGGUCAUAUCUACGAGGGCAGAGGCUGGGAUCACAGCUGCGAGCCCUCCAAAAAUGGAGAUCAACAGGAUCCACAGGAACUAAUUGUCGCCUUUGUGGGCCCAUCAGAAAGCAAUAAAAAGCUAGCUUUAGAUCUAAUUGAACAGGGCAUAAAACUGGGUCACAUAAGCAAGGAUUAUAAACUAAUUGAAAGCUCAGAAAAGUCAUAGAAGUUGAGAGCAGGCGGGAAUGAAGCUGUACCAGUGCCAUGCCUGUGCCAUCUUUCAAAGUGAUAAUAAUUUAAGGACUAUUUUAAGACACCGAAGAUAUCUCAUUUGGAAUACGUGACAAUUAUUUAUAGAAAUAAACAUGCCUUUAUUGAGUUUUAACAA